UUCAACCGAAUAUAUCCUACGUUGCGGUGCCAUUUCCGUUUGUAACAAACGAAACGAAUGUAACACUGACAUGUGCUGGGCAGGCCAAGGUUCAGAUACAGGACACAGCUAGGUACAUAAGGGUUAUGUUCCAAAAGAAUAAUAAGAUGUUUCACGAAUGUAGAAAAGAAGGGGUGCGUAUUUCAAGAAUAUCCUGCAGUAUUAGCGUCACUGGACUCACCAGCAACGACACAUUUACAUGCAUUAUUAAAAGCGGAAUGGCACCAUGCAACGCCGCUCGCCUGAGUUUUCAAGUUGAAGGACUAUCUUCUCUGAAUGCUUCACUUACGUAUGCCACAAUCAGAAACGACUUAAGAAAAAUUGAAGUAUCUUGUAUCGGUACUGGAAUACCUGAACCUGAUGUGGUAUGGUUAUUAAACGGCUCUAUGAUCAAUCACACAAGUACUCAAUAUGAUACGAAACGAAAACGUGAAAUUGGCCAAAAUGCGUAUCGCGUGAAUUCAACAAUCAUCAUUAGUGGAAGAAAAUUCCCGAUGAGCAUACGUUGUGUAGUGCAAAAUGGAAAAUAUAAAGUUCACUCGAGAACUGUGUAUGUAUUACACGUUGAAGUUGUUGGCGUGGAACAGACAAACGCAAUGGUUCGCUGGUUCGGUCUUUCAGCUUUGGGUACACGUCUCAUGAAUGUUUCUGUUUUUACCGUUACCUUGAAGUGUGGCAAGGAAUUUAAUAAAACCAUCACAAUAUACAACAAGUCAAGCGUUAUAUUCACAGAUCUCACGAGAGGUAGAGAAUAUGUCAUAGAGGUUGAAGCAUUUACGAAGAGAAAUGAUGUAAUCCUAGGAGCUGCAAAGCUUUUUCUACCAGAUAAACUUCCCAGGCCAAGUCAUGUCUACCUUGCAAAGAUUACUUCCAAAAGAGCAGUGGUUAAAUGGGAAAAGAUUUCAGCAAACCAAAAAAUUCAUGGCGUUUUGCUGGGGUAUAAAUUGACGCUUAUUGGCAAGACAAGGGAAAUAGAUUUCACUCUGGCAAACCACACUAAUCACGUAGUGUUACAUGACCUAACCCCGAGAUCUAAUUAUACCCUCUCAGUACGAGGAUUCACACAGUAUGAUGAUGGAUAUAUUGAGCUUUUCAACUUUUCAUCAUUAGAUGUAAUUCCUGCACCGAAGAACGUGCAGAUUGUUAUCUUGUCCAAAAAUUCAGCUGGGGUUCAAUGGACUCUCAUUCAGCAACACAAAGAAAAACACGAUGAAAUUAUUGGCUAUAGAGUUAUUGUGAGAAAUGCAAUACAUUCUUUCAAGGUUGACACUUUAAGUGUCACGUAUUCGGUUGCUCUCAAUCAUCUUUUACCCGAAGCAAAUUACAGUGUAUCAGUUUUCGGCUUUGGUAAUGGAACAAAAGGAAUUUCAAGCAAAUGGAUACAUUUUAAAAUAAAUGAUCGUGAGGGGCCAUCUGGAGUUAGUAAUAAAGGAGGAACUAACACAGACGGAAGGAACUUUACUUUAACAAUCAUCGUUGUUUUGAUUGUCGGAGUUUUGUUUUAGGCGACAACUUUUGAGUAGCCACUGUGUCGGAUGUUUUACGAAUAGUCAAUUUUUACGUCACUAAUAAAAUUUAUGGUAAAAUAAUUUUACAAGUCGUUAUAUCUCAUUGUUUUCCCAUGCUCCAAAAAAGCCUAAAUUUCACAAAAAGAAAUCAGCUUCGCCACCAAAAAUGUUGUCAGUGGUUUUUUAAUUUACCGAAAUAUAUAUAGUUGUGCCAAAACAAGCAUUUGUUGUAAAUCGAUAUAAUAUAAAAAUAGCGCCAUAGUGGAAAAACAUGAAAAC